GAGAAUGAGCUCUGUUGCACUGAAACUGACCACGUUGCUUGUGCGGCAGAUCGCCAAGCCCAUCGCCAACACGAUAAAACACGAGGCUAAGAACCACAAGGGGUUCAAGGUGGUGUGUGUGCGCGUUGCACAGUAUUUCCAUUUUCUCGACGAAAGACUGAAAACGUCGCUUUUGCGCAGUAAAGCACGCCCGGUUCGCCCGCUCAACGAGGCAAAAGCCAUUCAGAACGGAGCAGAGAUCUUAUCGGAAACGUUUAUAUUUAGCGUUGCUGCAGGAGCACUUCUUUAUGAAUCAAAUAGACAGCGAGUCAAGGAGAAUAAUAGAAAGGACGCAAUGGAGGAGGACGUUAGACGAUUGGAAGAAGAGAUCUCUGAGCUGAGAGAAGUGGUGAAAAAAAUGGGCGGCGGGAAGCUUGUGGCAGAUAUUGAACUGCAAAACAACAAUCCAGAGAUCGUCGUCGCCGUGCCCAAAGGCAACCCUGCCAACUUGGUUGGGGAAAUUAAGAGAGAAAAGCAGAUCCUAAGAGAGGAAGAAAAGCUCCGGCAACAGGCGGUAGAGAAGGAAAAGGGAGCGAUAGACGAGAAAUCUGAUCAUAAGUGAUGUCAUUACCUGUAUAUAGAUGAAUACUCUUGCGUGUUAAUUGUUUAUCCGAGAUCCAUUUCCCGCAAAAUGGCCUCGCCCUCGCUGAUGGCGUCUCCGGCGCCAUCCUUGCCGUCCCGCUCCAGCUGGAGUCCUUCACGGACCUUGUUGAUGCCCCUGAGGUAUCGGAUCACAAAACUCUCACAUGAGAAGUUGAGCUUUAACAUUUCCUCGAGCUCGUAAAAUUGUGUCUGUUGCCCAGCAACCGUUAGUUCCCAUAGCAACGACACUAUAUACAUCGCGAGAUGUGUCUUGGAGCCCGAUCUGAACAAAGGCGCAGUCUCCAGCCUCAGAAAAUGGUGUGUUUGAUAGUCCUUCUUGUCUGCGUCCUCGUCAAACCGCUUAUCCAGCGCGUUAUCGACAACCUGAUAUGGAUACCGUCCCACAAUCUCCGACGACUUGGUGUCGUGCGAAUUCUGGAGAAAUCGCAGAAAACGAUAGAUCUUGGGCUGAUAGCGUCUUGGCACCCCAUCAUUGACGCGCUCCCUUGCUUUUACGGGGUCGUCUUCAUACCCUGUCUCCUUUUCGUUUAGUCUCUUGAGAAUCUCCAGACCUACAGGCCACAUCUCCCGGGUAUCAGUGCCGUAGAUCCGCACCAGGAGAGCAAAGAUGCGGUAGCUUGUCUCCCACCUGCCCUGCGUCAGAUUUAUAUGCAACAGGGUAGUCAACAUCCUUACAUGGCUCCGGAGCGAGCCUCUGGCGUUCACGUGACUGCGCGCUAUUCCAGUUUGAGAUGGAAUAAUCUCGUCGCCACAGAUAAGAGUCUGUAGCUCGGCAUCCUCAUUGGAAUAGGCGUGAGCUUUUUCAGGGGCUUCGCGCUCGACCAAUGAGGGGCUCCCAUCUUCGAUCCAUCGUUCGUAUGAGUUUUCCAGAAUACCGUUGCCUUUGUUUGCGUUCUUUGGUCUGUUGUCGGGGUUAAAUAUGCGUUUACCCGGCUGGGACGCGACCUGACUUGCCGCGUACUUGGCGACCCUUUUCGCGAGCUGGAUACGGCGCCGAUUUGCAAAAUCU